AUGAAUUCAGUACCGAUUGCGCUAAACAAAGCCGCUAUGCGCAAGUAUGAAGACCUAGAAAUACCGUGUGAUGACAUCUUAGCCUCCUACUUGUGGGUCGACGGCACUGGUAUUAACCUCCGAUCCAAAGAUAGGACGUUUGAUUUCGUGCCGAAGACAAAUAAAGACUUGCCUAUUUGGUAUUUCGAUGGUAGCAACACUGCGCAGGCGACUUCUGAUAACUCUGACACUUUCAUCUUCCCCGAAGUUAUUUAUCACGAUCCCUUCCGCCGCGGGAGUCACAUCCUGGUCUUGGCGGACACUUAUCAGCAUAAUUAUCAGCCUACAUCUACGAACUAUAGGAAGGGGUGCGUAAUUCUAACAGAAAAAGCAGACGUCGAAGAGCCGUGGUUUGGCUUUAAUCAGGAGUUCUUCCUCACCACCACCGAUUCGAGACCACUCGGGUGGCCGCCAGGUGGUUACCCCGCGCCGCCUGGUCCCUACUACUGUGCGAUCGGAGCCAAUAAAAUCGUUGCAAGGGAUCUAAUGGAAGCAUUCUACAGAUGUUGUCUCUACGCUGGAGUGCAUCUGAACGGUAUAAAUCCUGGCACAACGCCAUCGCAGUGGAAUUUUCAGGUUGGACCGAGCCCAGGAAUACGGGCUGCAGAUGAUCUCUGGUUAGCCCGGUACAUACUUGCUAGACUGGCGGAAGAAUAUGGCACGGUGGCGACUUUUGAGCCCCAACCGAUUGAGGAUUGGCCCGGAAAUGGUACCUUCGUGUACUUCUCUUCUAAGGACAUGAGAGAAGAGGAUGGAAUACUGGUCAUCGAGAGGGCGAUAGACAAGUUGGCACGACGACACGGAGCCCACAUCAACGAAUACGAUGCCAACAACGGAGCGGACAAUGCAAGGCGACUGAAUGGAAAGAACGGCAUGCCGCACAUACGAGACUUUACUGCCGGUACGCAAAAUCUUCUCUACCCUUUAUGGGGGGUCGCCAAUCGCAGCUGCUCAGUUCGCAUCCCGCGGCAAGUUUCUGAAGACAAGAGGGGUUAUUUAGAAGAUAGACGUCCGGCUGCAAAUGCGGACCCAUACAGGAUCAUAUCCAUCAUGCUCCGGACAUGCAUAUUUGAUGAAUAG